AUGCCGCAGUCAUCGCCUCUGCAGCAUCGCCGAGACUUUUCAGGAUCCAUUACACUAGACGACCCUACGCAGCUCCGGCGAGCUUCCGGCGAUGCUGCCGCGCACGAAGGCACUUCAACUGAUGCGAGACCUGGCGAUGGCACGGCUGCGCCAGACGAGGCUCCCGCUCUGCCUGCAACUGAUCCAUCCGUGCUGAAGCUGGUCGACGAGGUGUUGGCGUCCGAGCAAGGUAUUCCUUCACUGCUGCAGCGCUUGAAACAGAGCAUAGCCUCUGCAAAGGAGUUUGGCACUUUUCUCAAAAAACGAGCCGGCCUUGAAGAAGACAAUGCUCAGACCCUCAAGAAGCUGGCGCGCGCCACCCAAGAUAACAUUCGACGACCCGAACACCGCGGAGGCUCGUUUGCCCAAGUGUACGAGGAAAUGGUCCAUAUCCACGAGCGCAUGGCCGAUAACGGCAUUCACUUUGCUGCCACGCUCCUGCAGAUGAACGAGGAGCUGCUCGAGGCGGCUAGCACUGCUGAGCGUAACCGCAAAUCCUGGAAAGCCACCGGCCUAGCCGCCGAGCAAAAGGUCGUCGAUCUCGAGGUCGCAAUGCGCAAGAGCAAGGCGAAAUACGAUUCUCUAGCUGAAGAAUAUGAUCGCGCCAGGACAGGCGAGAGCAGACCUGGUGGCGGCAAAGUCUUGGGCGCAUUCAAGGCACACAAGUCCGCGGCCCAGCAAGAAGAAGAGCUCCUGAAAAAGGUCCAGGCUGCAGAUCAGAUGUAUCACAGCGCUGUCAACAGUCUGCAGACGGAGAAGGCCCAGCUGCAGAAUACAACUCGACCUGAGCUUGUCAAGUCGCUGCAGGAGUCUAUCCGCGAGAUAGACUCUGCUGUUGGGAUGCAGAUGCAAAAGUUUGCCUUGAAUAAUGAGAACCUACUGCUUGGCAAUGGUCUUGUCAUCAGUCCGUUUAGAAACAGCACUUCCAUUGGCCCCAACCAGCCCCGAAGCAUGAGAUUCGCCGUCGCGUCCAUCAACAUCAACAAGGACUUGGAUGAGUUCGUGGCCGGAUUCCACUCCAAGGUUCAACCAAAUACCGGCGAGAUCAAAUACGAGCGCAAUCCGGUUCUCGGUCCUCAGCCCGGCUCCAUGGGCCACUCAUCCUUACCACCUGCAUCUCAUGCUUCGAAGCCUUCUGUCAGCCAGGCUCCUCCCCCAGGCGGAUACCAGCAAAGCCCGCAGUCUUUCUCGGUGGCCUCAAGGACAGGCCCCAGCAACUUCAACGGCCCUUCAGCAGGCGCUCCGGGCUCACAGGGACCGGCAGCUACUUCUACUCCCAUCAGCACAGAGCCUCCGCAAUCAUUCCAUCAAUCGAACCACAGCCGUGCCUUUAGCCAAGGCAACAUGUUGAAUUCUCCUGUCAGCCCCCAGCCCCAGUACGGUUCAGUGGGCCCAGCAUCAGGAGGAGGCCCUCGCUUCCCCAAUGGUGGUCCUGCGCUCGCCGGUCCGCCGCAGCUUGGAGCGCUUGCCUUCCAAGAGAGCGAGGGUCCAUCUGAGAAAACCUCUUCACCUCCUCAGCUGGGACUUCCCUAUCAGCCUCCUGGGCCAAGUGCUCCCCCAGCAUACAGCGGUCCGCCUGCCCUCAACACCUCUGCGGGCUCAAAGCCUGUGUUUGGCGUUCAUCUGGGCCGCUUGUAUGAGCGAGACGGCCUUGCUGUGCCCAUGGUUGUGUAUCAGUGCAUCCAAGCUGUCGACUUGUUUGGAUUGGGCGUAGAAGGAAUCUACCGCCAGUCCGGUUCCAUGAACCACAUUAACCGACUAAAAGCCAUGUUUGAUUCAGAAUCUCAAGCACAAGCACUUGACUUUAGAAACCCGGAGAACUUUUUCCACGAUGUCAACAGUGUUACGGGCCUGUUGAAGCAAUUCUUCCGGGAUCUGCCUGAUCCGCUGUUCACUACAGAGCACCACAGCAGCUUUAUCAACGCAGCGAAACACGAAGAUGAAAUCGUCCGCCGAGACAACCUUCACGCCAUCAUCAACAGCCUGCCCGACCCCAACUACGCCACCCUCCGCGCCCUCAUGCUCCACCUGCACCGCGUCAUCGACAACUCUCACAUUAACCGCAUGAACUCUCACAACCUGGCCGUCAUUCUCGGCCCCACCCUCAUGGGCACCGAUCCCAGCACCGCCAUUACAGAUGCCGGCUGGCAGAUCAAGGUCAUUGACACAAUCCUGGUAAACACGUACCAGAUUUUCGAUGAGGAUUGA